GCCUUUCUACCAUCCAUGCGUCGUCACACCUCUUGGAGGGAGCACCAUACGGUCACAGUGCAGAUAUCAGGAAUGAUGAACAGCCGCGCGCUUUGCCUCUACAUCGCGCUCCUCUACCCGAUUCCCAAAACAUUGACGGAAUACUCAACCAAUACUGACUCGGAGUACGAGUUUGGGGAUUACCGGGGCAAGUGGUGCUUAGACGACCACGGAUUUGUGUAUAGCAUCGGGGAGGUGUACUAUCCCAGUCCAUCUGCUUGUCCGUGCACCUGCACUGAAGACGGACCCGUGUGCAUACGACCCAAGUGUCCUCGCAUUCAUCCUCGAUGUACGCGGAUUAAAUACAAGUCCUGCUGUCCAGUGUGUGAGGCAGUUAGCAAAGUGUGUGUAUAUGGUGGCAAAAUGUACAGAAUAUUCGAGGAAUUCAGGUUGUCACGCUGUGAGAGAUGUCGUUGUGAGCCCAACAGGGAGGUGUAUUGUUCCAUCUCUGACUGUCCUGCACCACAUUGUGUCAACCCUACAUAUGAGCCCAACCACUGCUGUCCUGUCUGCUACACUGGGCCCAAUUGUUUUGUGGGUGACAGAGUGAUCUCGGCAGGGGAGCGGGUGGAGAUAGACAAGCAGACUGUGUGUUACUGCACCUACCGGGACGGCACCUGGCAGAUGCACCCCCAUGCCACCUGCGAGCAGCGCCCGCUGCCGGACCCCGAUCUCAACCCCAGCCCCUCUGAGCCCCCCGAGGAAGACGAAACCAAGCAGAUGGAUAGGGACUUCCGCCCCAGGCUGGACUGGAUCCCGUGAGCAGGCAGGAGGGUGGGUGUGAGGGUAAUAGUGCGCCAAGGGGAAACGGGGAGAUGAUGGGGCAGGUUGUUUUCCGUGCCCUGCUGAGUGCAGUCUGCAUAGGGCUUAGGGCCAGGGAUGACCUACUACACCACAUUAUACAACCACAAUAACAUUACUAGCUAGUAGUGUUUAUGCAAUAUUAUAUACAACUUUGCACACAGGGACAAUGUAUGGUGCACAUUCAAGACAAUAUACAACUAUAACAUAUAGUUUGUUGAAAUUAAUUUCUUCAUUUUCCUUCACUUGCAGUAGUUUGGUUUUGUCAUCAAAGGGCUGGUGUAAGUGGACACUUAGAGAUGGUGGCAACAUUCACCCUUUUAUUAAUCUCAGGUUUACACUAGUGCACAUUAACGUUGCACUGUAUAUUUCUCUUUGACUACUGUUGUUUCUUUACUAACUUAAAGAUAUCCAUUGUAGAAUUGUUCUAAUGCUGAAAUGGAAAUGUUCCUUUUUCUGUAUGCAAAUUGACUUGUGGUUCUAUGAAGUGUAGCUUUGAUUGGCAUUUUAUCAAAUAAACAUCAGGAAACGUAUGUAUCAAGCGUCUCAGAUUCAAGUGGCAAUUUAGGAUCAGUUUUGCCUUUAAUAGAUUACAAUGAAUAUAAGAUUACAUGGAUAAGGGGCCCUGACCCCAGAUCAACCCUCCUACGGAGACGCUUGAUACGGACCCAGUUGAAUGAAUGACAAUGUCCCAUCCUUAUACUUGUUUACAUGCAGACAAGCUCCUACACCAGGGGUAGGUAACCCUGUUCCUGGAGUGCAACAAGUACUGCAGGGUUUUGUUCCAACUAGGCACCACAUGACCAAUUGAUCAGUUCAGUGAUUGCCCAAAUUCAACACACCUGGUCUUCCAGGUGGUUAAAUCAAAAACAUGAAGUGGCUGUGGCACUACAAGACCAGGAUUGCCUACCCCACCCUACACUUUUCCCUGGACAAGGAUUCUAUCGGAUCUCAGGGCUCUUGGCAAAGUUUCUUACAUGAUUGUUACUUUUAUUUGUCUUGCCUUCUAGGUUACCCACUUGGUCAUUUUGUAAAGAUAUAUUAUUUUCUGGUACAUGUACCCAUCUCGUUAUUAAAUACAAUUUGUUUUUGGCGGGCCUUCUUGUUCUAUACUCUUCAUCAUAUCCCUCAAUGGAAACUUAAUUUAGGCUCUUAGAUGAGCAACCUCCUGCAAAAUGGAUUUGUAUUUUCAGCCAUGAAGAUAAAUUCUCCAUAAAUAAUUUACCUCUGCUAUCUAUAAUUUAGUCAUCCAUUAACAUUGACAAGUUAUCAAAUAUAUCCUGACGUGAACCACAAUUCACUGGCCCCUUCUGAAUUUUGGGGCUCCUGAAUUGUACAGCAGUCUAAGAGACUGCAUCUCAGUGCUAGACAUGCCACUACAGACCCUGGGUAAAUCACGGGCUGUAUCACAACCAGCCGUGAUCAAGAGUCCCAUAGGGUGGCGCACAAU